AUUUCCCCCAAAUGUGGCCCUUUCUCUGACUCUGCCCUGCCCUGCCCUGCGCCCCCCCUUCUUUCCUUCUCUCCCUGUUCUGUUCCAUCCUGGGAAGGUUCGGUUCUCCUUGGCUUAUCUCACUCACCGCCGCUUUCCCCUUCCUUCGUCCCAAGGCUGUCACACAAAAGGAUCUGCCCGGAAUAUGGCCUGGUGCAACGUCUAGCCCUGCAUCCCGGGAAAUGACUGGUGGUGGAGGGUAUGGCGUAGUUGAUGCGUCUGACAUUUGAUUUUUGUGUGUCGCUCCAUACCCGGCCGGGCGUGUACAGCACGGUACUUUAUGCGCACGGCUGUAAUCAUACUUCACACACCCCCGUCCGUCACCCACAUGUCUGCCUGCUUGUCUGCUUGCCUGCCUAAACGUGAUUUCUUAUAUCUAUCGUCUUUCUUCCUCGAUUUGUUCUAUUGUGUCGCUUAUUUCACUCCGCCUUCAACGACAAACUCAACGUCUACCACGCACAUAACCUCCAACCAAGAUAGAUCCUGCCGAUACUACAUCGACAAUCCUCGAUCAUCACCGUGUCAACCAACCAACACGACUCGCACCAGCCCAUCAUCACCGAAACUUGCGACUGACGCAAAGUCAUACUCUCUCUCACAUUUCUCAAGUCAAACACACAAUGUCUUGGCUUCCACACGACAUUCCCACUCGUCCGUCAGCUCAGAAUGCUGGCCGCACAUCCCAACACCCAUCACAAUUCAAACUCAUCGCCUCCGCACAUGUUCCUCUGGGCACAACAUCUAUGGAUUCUACAAUUUUGCGUGCCAGUCCACGACACAAGCACGUUCUCUCCAUAGAUUCGGCACGACUCGAGAAUAUGUGACACGGCCGGCAGACUCCAUCCAAUUUCUCUAUGCCGGCUUGUCUAUCCGCCACCCUUUUAACGAUCACGCACCCAUUCACUUUGGCCCACGGCUCUUACAAUUCUUCGGGCGGCAUCAAUGUCGACCUUCUGUUCUCUCAUAAGGGAUCAGUUUUGAUACACCUCUUUUUUUCUUCUAGCGCUUUGCCUCAAUUGGCUUUCGUGAUCCUUUCGGGGAUGCACGUCGUUCGACACUUUUUUCUUCUUUCUGC